ACGAAGUUCACUCCAAGCUCCUUGGAAACGUUCGAAAUAAAAUCCACAAGUAAUUCUAAAUUAAAAUCAAGUGUGAAUAAUAAUGAAUUAUUAAUAUGAACUUUGGAUCCGGUUAUAAAACAAGUUUAUAGAGUCAAUACAGGAAUAUCACUGCGGAGAGAUAUAAAAGGAGAAUAUAAGAUACGAAUAUAAGAUAUCUAAACAUGUAGAGAAAAAAAUAUUGUUUUUUCAAGAUAAUUAUCAGAUAAUACUUACACGGAGAAAAAUACUGUUCCGAUAUUGUCAGAGGCUCAGAGACAAGUGAUAAAUUGAAAGUUACAAGUUGGCAAUUUGCAACGCACUAAUGUAUGAGCGCACGUCACGUCCAUGCCCCAUGUGCAUGUGCAUCAACGCUUCGGCCAGCUUCGGCCAGCUUCGGCUAGCUUCGGUCUUCGGUCAGCUUCGGCAAGCUUCGGCUAGCUUCGGUCAACUUCGGCAAAAGAGAGCAACUCUUGAGAGGGAGAGGAACUGUCUUUACAACAAAAGUCCCGCGCUUUUUCUUGCAUGAUAAAUAUUCUGCAAACAUGGGUAUUUUAGGCCUAUCAAAGUUAAUAGCAGAUAUAGCUCCCGAAGCUAUUAAAGAACGAGAAUUGAAGCAUUAUUUCGGUCGCAAGAUAGCUAUUGAUGCCUCUAUGUGUUUAUAUCAAUUUCUCAUAGCUGUGCGCAGUGAAGGGGCUCAGCUCACUACUGUAGAUGGUGAAACAACCAGCCAUUUAAUGGGUACAUUUUAUCGGACCAUACGCUUGGUAGAGCAAGGAAUAAAACCUGUAUAUGUAUUUGAUGGUAAGCCACCAAAUUUAAAAAGCGGAGAAUUAGCUAAACGAGCUGAGAAAAGAGACGAAGCACAAAAACUCUUACAAGCCGCUGAAGAAGAUGGAAAUGUGGAGGCUAUUGACAAAUUCAGCAGAAGAUUGGUUAAAGUUACAAAAACUCACGCUGAUGAAGCUAAACAAUUACUUCAAUUAAUGGGCAUACCCUACAUUGAUGCUCCUUGUGAAGCUGAAGCACAAUGCGCUGCUUUAGUAAAAGCUGGUAAAGUUUUUGCCACUGCUACGGAAGAUAUGGAUGCACUCACUUUUGGUAGUAAUGUAUUACUUCGACGUUUAACUCUCAGUGAAGCCAGAAAAUUGCCUGUACAAGAGAUUCAUUAUGAUAAGGUUCUUGCAGGUUUAGAGUUGAAUCAUAAUGAGUUUAUUGAUCUCUGUAUUAUGCUGGGUUGUGAUUAUACUGGCAGCAUUAAAGGCGUUGGUCCAAAAAGAGCAAUAGAAUUGAUAAAAAAUCAUAGAUCUCUUGAUACAAUUAUUGAAAAUAUAGAUAUUAAAAAAUACCCCAUUCCCGAAAAUUGGAAUUACGAAGAUGCAAGAUUAUUAUUUCAAGAACCAGAAGUAAUGAACGUAGAAGAUAUCCAAUUAAAAUGGUCUGAACCAGAUGAAGAAGGUCUGGUAAAAUAUCUAUGUGGUGAUAAGCAAUUUAACGAAGAACGGAUCAGAAACGGAGCUAAAAAACUUCACAAAGCCCGAAAUACAUCCACACAAGGCAGAUUGGAUUCAUUCUUUAAAGUUUUACCAAACUCUUCUCCGACACCGAAACGAAAGACAGAAGAAAAAAAGCCUCCGGCUAAAAAGGCGAAAACAGCAGGUAAUAGUAAAUUCCGUGGAAAAGCAAAGUGAGAGUAACAUUUAACAAACAGAGCAUCCCAUGCCAAGCAGCCGUUAUAUGGUAAGCUGGCAGAUGCUUCGAAGUUACAAGAUUUAGGCCGUCUUGCUACUUGCGUUUCUGGAACGAUUAUAUAUUCCGCCAUCGUGCCAGAAGCCCACGAUGGAACGGCUAAAAAUACUUCAUCUCCAAUAUCAAAGUUGAUAACACCUUUUCCAAUGUCAACUAUCACUCCUGCACAAUCUCUCCCUAAAGUUACAGGCAGUUCUUUCUGUUUCAAAAUAAUAUAUACAUAUGUAUUCAUGUAUUAUAACAAUAUUAUGCAAGAUAUCAAUAGUCUUGAGAAAAUGUAUACUCACUCCAGAAUUAAGUAAUUUUCUAUAAAUUCUAGAAUAACCAGAACAUAUCUUUGUAUCAAUAACAUUAAGUGAAGCGGCUUUAACUUGUAUUAAUAAGUCGUUCGAUUUUUUGAUCGUUGGCAUUUCGACAUCGUCUACCAUCAACACACCCUAUGUGAUAAAUAGAAAAAAUUAUUAUAUUCAAAAA